AUGCCGAACACGCCUCCACCCGCGUUGUUGCCGCCGCCCGAGGGCAUCUUCCGGACCUUUGAGGACCUCAUGGCGUCGGUGCAGCGCGUCGCCAAGGACCAAGGGUACGGCAUUGUCAAGUUGCGUGCUUCCAACUACCGCGACGGCAAGCCGACCCGCUACGACCUCGUCUGCGAUCGCGGCGGCGUCAAGUACAACAGCACCGCCAAGAAGCGCAACCCCUCGACGCGCAAGAUCGACUGCCCGUUUCGCGCCAAGGCCGUCUGCGAGGUCCAGCUGGGGAAUCAAUGGCGGUUUGCGCUCCAGGAGCCGCGCCAUAACCACGAGCCGCGCGUGCCGUCCGGGACGCCCGGGCAGGAGAACGCGCCACUCGCGACCACGAUCCGAUCUUUCACAAACAAGCUCGACCGGCUGAGCCACGAUAUGGCGCAGAGCUUCAUGCGGAUAGAGCAGAGACUAGACCACAUCGAGAAGCGCAUGGAGAACCUCGAGGCGCGCGCCGGCUCCUACGAGCCUCGCUUCCAGGCCAUGGAAGGCCGGCUGCAGGGCAUGGAGGGCGCGCGCAUGGACGGCCUGGGCAUGGACGACGUGGAAUCGCGCCUGCUGGCGUCGCAGGUCAUGUAG